CGAUGCUCUUUGACGUUUGUUGUUGCCGGCUGUUGAAUUAAUUCAACUUUAAUUAUUCAAAUUUAAAGAACUCCCAUAAUGGUUAUAGUCACUUCAUUUUUACAUCCUGAAUCUCCCAUCAGAUUUGCCGAGAGAAACGUUCGUGCUUUUCUCAACAAGAAGGAUUUAGGAAAUGGAACUCUAUACAUAAGUGAAAGAACACUCAGUUGGCAAUCGAGGGAUGACAAAGGUUUUAAAGUGGAUUACGAAGACAUUUCUCUACAUGCAACAACCAAAGAUCCUACUAUUUACUCUGAAGAAUGUGUUUAUGUUUUGCUAGACAACCGCUUAUCUUUACCAGGUCUUGAACAAGCUUCUAAUAUCAAUGAAGAUGCUGAAAGUAGUAGCGAUGAUGAAGAAAAGUCCGAAUCGAAUGUAUCUGAACUUUUAUUCAUCCCAGAAACUUCAGCCUCCAUCAUGGCAAUAUAUGAAGCUAUUUCAGUUUGUCAGGCACUGAAUCCAGAUCCACAAGAUAUAGAUGACGACGAGGAUCAUUUAUAUGAAGAUGCAAAUGAAGAUCAUCUUUAUGAGGAUGCUGAUGAAGAUAUGGAAGAGUUUCAUGAGACAGAAGAGGGAGAUAUUCAUGCUGGAGGUGAUGCAGCUGUAGAUAAUCUCGCACAUAACUUAGGGCAAAAUAAUAUUAGCGAUGAAAACUAUGCCAUUUGCCAUAAUGGAAAUGGAGAUAUAGAAGACGAAGAGUUUGAAGAUGCCGAUUAAGAUUCCUCCACAUUCACGAGUUAUGACAUAAAUUUUGUACUGUAUAAUAUUUAUCGAAUAAGUUUUUAUAUCAUUGAUCCAAUAUAAUUUGAACUAUGGGCGCCAUUGCUAAGAUCAUUCAUAUUCUGCCAAAUGUAUUAGCGUAUGUAAUAAAUUCAAUGGUUCUUGAUGUUUUA